AAAACUGAGAGGGCGCGAGAGAGAGAGAGAGAGAGAGGAGAAAAGGCGACGGGUUUGCGUAACUUGCCAACAAAACGGGGUCGUUUUCUGGCGCUACAGAUACAAAUUGCAGCGCGUUGCCCUCGCCGCAGGGACCCCGAGUCUGGAGAAUCCAUCCAUCCUCCUCAACGUAGAAGGUCUGAAGACGCCGCCGCCGUCGCACACGGCGCCGUUUCGAAGCCACCGGAAAACACUUCGGAGACCGGAAUCCAGUAUCAGGAUUGAUGGGGAAGGAAAAGGAUGUGGCGGCGAUGGAAAUUGACGAGUCGAGACCUAAUGGCUCUGAUCAGAUCAGUAACCCUAAGUUCUCAAUUAACGUGUUGCAACUCUUGAAAUCUUCUCAGAUGCAGCAUGGAUUGCGUUUUGGUGAUUACACUCGCUACCGGAGGUAUUGUACUGCUCGACUAAGGAGAUUGUACAAGUCAUUGAAGUUCACACACGGGCGUGGCAAGUACACCAAGAAAGCCAUAACUGCGCCUACGGUCACUGAAGUGAGGUUUCUCCAUGUGGUUCUUUAUACGGCAGAAAGAGCUUGGAGCCAUGCCAUGGAGAAAAGACAGCUGCCAGAUGGUCCAAAUGCUUGCCAACGGACCUACCUGAUUGGUAGGUUGAGGAAGGCAGUAAAAUGGGCUGCUCUUUUUUCAGAAUUGUGUGCAAUCAAGGGAGAUUCCAGAACAUCUUUAGAAGCCGAGGCCUAUGCCUCUUAUAUGAGAGGGAAUUUGUUGUUUGAGCAAGAUCAAAAUUGGGACGUGGCAUUAAAGAGUUUCAAGAAUGCCAGGGCUGUCUACGAGGAACUUGGGAAAUAUGGGGACCUAGAGAAUCAGGUUUUGUGCCGUGAGCGUGUUGAGGAAUUAGAACCAAGUAUACGUUACUGUCUACACAAAAUUGGGGAGUCAAAAAUACCAACUUCUGAACUGAUGCACAUUGGUGAAAUGGAAGGACCUGCAUUGGAUCUUUUCAAAGCUAAACUAGAAGCUGUUAUGGAUGAGGCAAGAUCUCAGCAGGCUGCAUCUAUGACAGAAUUUCAUUGGCUUGGUCAUAAAUUCCCUAUUUCUAAUGCGAAGACACGGGUUUCAAUAUUGAAAGCUCAGGAUUUGGAGAAAGAUCUUCAUGGUCCUACAGGAGACUCCCUUCCAGCAGAGAAAAGACUGGUCAUCUUUGACAAAAUCUUUGCCGCAUAUCAUGAAGCGAGGAGUUGCAUUCGAAAUGACUUGGUCACUGCAGGCAAUUCUGAAAACAUGAAAGAUGAUUUAAGUGGGCUUGAUAAAGCUAUUGGUGCUGUUUUAGGACAGCGGACCAUUGAACGGAACCAGUUAUUGGUGACCAUAGCCAAAAGCAAACUUUCUAAGUCCCGUGACGACAAAAUUGAGAAAGUCACCAAGCCUGAGGAGCUUGUGAGGUUAUAUGAUCUGUUGUUGCAGAAUACAGCUGAUCUUUCAGAUUUGGUUAGUUCUGGAAGAGAUAGAAAAUCAGAAGAAUUGGCAUUUGCAGAAGAAUGUGCACUCAAAACUUUGGUUUUCCGAGCAGAGAGGUGCUUUUACUUGGCUAAAUCCUACAGUUCAGCUGGAAAGAGGACAGAAGCAUAUGCAUUAUACUGCCGUGCUGGCUCUCUAGCUUCUGAUACCCUUAAAAAACUUCAAAGUCUGACUACUUGUGAUCAGGCAAUGAUGAAGGAGUUGAAGAUGCUAUAUGAUGACAGUAGGUCUAACAGCUGCAUAGAGCAUGCAACAGGAAUCAUGGAGGAGGAGAAGGCUCCAGAGAUUCUCUCAAAAAAGAUCUCUACAAUAUCAUUAUCUGGAGCUGAUAAAAAGCAGGAAAAAUAUCUCACUGAAAAAUUGGACACCUAUGAAUCAGCAGUUGGCGACUUGAAUACGAAAGGACUUCCUCGAAUUGAAGCCUUCCCACCAGCAUUCCAAGCUAUCCCUCGCAAUCCAAUUGUGUUGGACCUGGCAUACAAUACGAUGGAAUUCCCAUCUCUUGAAAACAGGAUGAAGAAAGAAAAGAAGGGCUUCAUAGGUCGGCUGUGGCGGUGACAACCUCUGUUGGUGGUAUUGGAUUCAUGGGUUGUCUCAUCGUCCUUACUCGAGAUUUGUUCAAUUUUUUUCUUUGUAGUUUAUGCUUUGCCCAUGCAUAAAGAUCGCUGAAUCCUGCCAUCAGUCUUUUUGGAUUCAUGUUUGGCGUAAAUAUGGGUGACUAUUUUAUGAAAUUGACAAUUUUGGCUUACCUACGCAUCAAAGGUUUUGACGUGGGAAUCAUAUGGGAUGGCCCUAAGUUUUCCCACUCUUUAUUAUAGAGACAUUUGAGUUGGAAAUGAGAAUGUCAGAUUAGGGAUGGCGGAAUUGAUUUGAUUCCUUAUGUUUUGGUUUUGAAUGGCAGCCUGCUUGUGAUUUAAACCUUA